AUGUCAGACGAUAAAGCGGCACAUUUUUAUACCGGGUUCGAGAAUUGGGACGCGUUUAUAGUCAUCUACAGAUAUCUUAAACCAGGCCAAAAAGGGGAAAAUAUUAGGUACUGGAAUGCAUCUAACACAAAUGUUUCUACUGGUGAAAUAGAUAAAGACAGAGGAGGAAGACCAAGGACACUAAAUCCUUUACAAGAGUAUUUUUUAGUAAUGUGUCGUCUUAGGCAAGGAUUUCCUGAACAACAUCUAGCUCAUUUGUUUGACAUAUCCUUGUCAACUGUGAGUAGAACGUUCAUUACGUGGCUUAACUUCAUGUUUUUGAAGCUAGGCGCUGUGAAUAUAUGGCUAUCACGACAGGCAGUUGACAGUACUAUGCCUGAAGAUUUCAUUAAGAAAUAUGCAUCGACUAGAGUGAUCACCGAUUGUACUGAGAUUAAGUGCCAAAUGCCAAGCAGCCUUCAAUUGAAUGGAGAACUUUUCAGUAGCUACAAAAAUCACACGACAUUGAAAGGCUUGAUUUGUAUUUCACCUGGUGGAACUUUUACUUUUGUAAGUCAAUUGUACACUGGCAGUAUUUCUGACCGAGAAAUUUUGAUGAGAAGUGGUUUCUUGGAUCUACCCUUUGACAACAAUGACUCAGUAAUGGCUGACAAAGGUUUCACCAUAGAAGAUAUUGUACCUUUAGAUGUAUCCCUAAAUUUACCCUCCUUUCUUGGAAGCUCAGCACAGAUGUCUUCUGAGGACGUCAUWAAGACACAAGAAAUUGMUGGACUCAGGAUUCAAUUGAUACACAAUUGA